AUGUCUGAUUUAAAAGAUUUCUUAGAGAAGAGAGUUCGUGUUAUAUCAACUGAUGCCCGAUUAUUUGAAGGUAUACUACAGGGUUAUGAUAAAUCCACUAAUAUAGUGUUAAGUGAUUGUAUAGAACGAAUAAUAUAUUCAGAGGCUAAUGAGCCAAAUCAAGAGAUAGAAAUGGGAUUAUAUUUGAUGAGAGGGGGUAAUAUUGUAUGUGUAGGAGAAGUGGAUGAAGAACAAGAUGAUGAAUUAGAUUGGAUAAACAUUAAAGGUGAUACACUCAAGGGGACGAAAAAUCCAUUGUAA